CAACACUCUCUCUCUCAUGAGUGCCUGCUCCUGAGUAAAGUCACUCAAGUAGGCAGUUGCAUGCCACCUUCAAGGAGGUUUCAGAGGGGCUUCCACUUUACAUACAUUUUUUUCUUUUUUUAUGAUAUUAAAACUCCAAACACCAACUACAAGAAAAGGUCCAACAGAGAAAGAAUAGCAGCUUUUAACUUUCGGUAACAUAUUGGCAGGCCGGGAGGAAAAAACUUUUUUUUUUUUUGGGUUCUCAGAGAAUCUGUUGUGUGUUAAAAUUUGAUUGAUUAUCAGUGAGAUCUAGCAUUGAAAUUAGCAUAUUGCUUGAAGAUUCCAAAUUAUUUCUCACUUCCAGAAAUUGGUUUUACUGAUUUUUGCAGAAGAUAACUCCAUUUCUGCAAAAUAAAAAAAAUAAAAACUACCAUUUGUUCUAUUCUUUAGCUUCUUCAACUUCUCUGCCUGGGUAUUGCGGAGAAGAUUGAAGUUCAUUCUCUGUAACAUUUUGCGUUAAGUGGAGAAUUUCUUAGCCGAAAAUCCAUAUAAAAGUAAGUGGAAUUCUUCUCAUUUUAAACAUUUCACCAUAUUUACAUCUUUGAAAUCUGUUAUCAAAAAAGAUUGUGCAACCUCAGUGGAAAAACAAGACGAACAAUUUGGAUUAACCCAAGAAAAACUGUCCCUUUGAAAAACAAUGUCUUCAAAACCCAAGAGAAAAUUUACCAAACAAACUGUCACCCCUCCAUUCCAAUCUUGAAACCCUCAAACACCAAACAGAGACACAAACAUUACACUGGGAAUCCAAAUUUAGAAAAUCCUGAUUUAUUUUUUUUGCUUUUCUCUGGCGCCGAAAAUCUAUCUCAUACAGUCACGUCUCUAAACCCCCUUUAAUUUAAUUUGUUCAAUUUUCCCAAAAUAGCUUCAAACAAGUGACGCUAACAUUCUUCUUCUUCUUCUUCCAUGGCUAUGGGUUUUAAUAAAAUGCUCAGAUUCCUGUCUUUGAAACACCUACUCAUGUUAUCAAUGGCAUUAAAUCUAAGCUUAUUGUUAAGUAGAUUGAUUGCUGAGAGUGAGAGUUUAAGAUUCAAGAUACAAGAAGAUGAAAAAUCACAAGAAAGAGGAGGAAAUGAUCAUUAUUGUCUUGUUUGGGGUACUAGAGAUAAUACAUGUGAUACUAGUACCUCAGACCAAUCUACUGCGCAUGUUAGCAAAAAUACAUCUCCUCCUGCUGCACUGGCUGAGGAUAUUGAAGUCGAGAAGGCGAUCCAACCAGAUUCUGUCAUCAUUAAUCUUGAUCAUGGUGAUCCAACUAUGUAUGAGCAGUUUUGGGAAAAAACAGGAGAGAAAGCUACAAUUGUCAUACCUGGAUGGCAAUCAUUGAGCUAUUUCUCCGACAUAAGCAAUGUAUGCUGGUUCCUGGAGCCAGAAUUUGCUGGUGAGGUCCGAAGACUUCACAAAUUGGUAGGCAAUGCCAAUACAGAUGACCGACACAUUGUCGUAGGGACAGGAUCUACUCAGCUCUAUAUGGCCGCUCUCUAUGCUCUUGCUCCUACCGAUACAUCAAAACAACCAAUCAGUGUGGUUUCUGCUGCUCCAUUCUACUCCUCAUAUCCCCUUAUGACAGAUUUUUUGAAGUCAGGGUUGUAUAAGUGGGGAGGUGAUGCUUAUACUUUCAACGGAGAGGAACCUUAUAUUGAACUCAUCACUUCCCCAAACAACCCUGAUGGUUUCACCCGAAAACCGGUCGUGAAUGGAACUGGUGGUAUUUUGGUUCAUGAUCUCGCAUAUUAUUGGCCACAAUAUACUCCUAUUACAUCUCAGUUAGACCACGAGCUACUGUUGUUUACCGUCUCCAAAAGCACUGGGCAUGCAGGGACACGUAUUGGGUGGGCAUUAGUGAAGGACAAAGAUAUCGCUCAAAAAAUGACCAAAUUCAUAGAGCUGAAUACAAUUGGAGUCUCGAAGGAUUCACAGCUUCGAGCUGCAAAAAUCCUUGGAGCUGUAUCUGAUAGUUGCACAGACUCUUCAGACUCUGAGAGCUUCUUUGAAUUUGGCCGUCGUCUCAUGACCCAAAGAUGGAAGCAACUGAGAGAUGCUGUCAGAACUAGCGGGCUGUUUAGCCUUCCGGAGUUCACGUCUGAUUUUUGCAACUAUUACGAAAAAUAUUCUGAACUGCAUCCUGCUUUUGCUUGGUUAAGAUGUGAAGGGGAUAUAGAGGACUGCCAAAAAUUCCUAAGAGAUCAUAAGAUCAUCACAAGAAGUGGAAAGCAUUUUGGUAGGGAUAUUAAGUUUGUAAGGGUGAGCAUGUUGGAUAGAGACAAGAAUUUUGGCCUCUUUGUGGAGAGGUUGUCAAAUAUCACAUCUGAAACUAAAUUUCCCUAAUAAGAAAUAAAAUUUCAUUCAAA